AUCGGAAAAUAUUCACGGGAUUGUCAGUGGGUAAUUGGGUAUCUUUCAUUUUGAGUACACGUUGCUCCAGAAAGUUGAGAUUUUUAGUGAGAGAGAGAGAGAGAGAGAGAGAGAGAGAGAGAGAGGAGAAAUAGAUAGAGUGAAGCGGUGGUGGUGGUGCCUUUUGUCGUUGUAGUUUUGCCAAGUUUAGUCAGAAGACAAAGUGGGAGUAAAUUCGGCGCUUUUUUUGAAUUUAAGAUUUUAAGGAGGCGGUGUGAAGUGAAGUGGUGGGGGUAUCUGGCUUGUAUCUUCAGAUUCUAGAGAGAGAGAGAGAGCAAAAAUAUGGGGAGAGCUACAAGAUGGUUGAAGGGCUUGUUGGGGAUGAAGAAAGAGAAAGACCAUGUUGGCAAUACAAGCACUACAUCUGGUGAUCGGAAGGAGAAGAAACGGUGGAGUUUUGCCAAGUCGGGGAAAGACACAAACAAUCUUCCACCAAAUGUUCCUGUCCCCGACUCUGCUUGGCUCAGAUCCUAUCUUGCUGAGUCAGACAAGGAGCAGAAUAAGCACGCAAUUGCGGUGGCUGCUGCCACCGCAGCUGCUGCUGAUGCCGCCGUGGCCGCGGCUCAGGCGGCCGUGGCAGUUGUGAGGCUGACAAGUCAAGGCGGUGGACUCAUGUUUGGAAAAAAAGAGAGAUGUGCUGCAAUGAAGAUUCAAACUGUUUUCAGAGGCUAUCUGGCACGAAAGGCACACCGAGCUCUUAGGGGACUGGUUAAGUUACAGGCUCUUGUUAGAGGCUAUCUUGUUCGGAAACGGGCUGCUGCUACUCUUCACAGUAUGCAAGCUCUUUUUAGAGCACAGACAACUGUCCGAUUCCAGCGAGCACGUCGUUCUUUCAAUAAAGAGAACAGGUUUCUACCUGAAAUCAAAGCCCGGAAGUCCGUUCAGGAAAGAUUUGACGAUGCAAGAAGUGAAUUUUAUAGCAGGAGGCUAUCUGCCACUUAUGAAACUUCCAUUAAUGGCUUUGAUGAAAGCCCAAAAAUUGUGGAAAUUGACACAUUCAAAACCAGAUCCAGGUCUCGUAGAUUCAACACCAUACUAUCUGAAUGUAGUGAAGAACUGCCUUACCAAACAAUCUCAUCACCACUUCCCUGUCCAUUUCCAACCCGUAUUUCUAUACCUGAUAGACAGCAGCCUCAAGAUUUUGAAUGGUGCUUUAAUGGUGACGAAUGCAAGUUCUCUACUGCCCACAACACUCCACGGUUCACAAACUCUUUUCGAUCCAAUGCUCCCGAUACACCAGCCAAGAGUGUUUGUGGCGACAGCUUCUUUCGGCCUUACUCAAACUUCCCAAACUACAUGUCAAGCACCCAGUCAUUCAACGCAAAGUCAAGGUCCCACAGUGCCCCUAAGCAAAGGCCGGAACCAGGGCCGAAGAAGAGGCUUUCGCUUAAUGAAAUGAUGGCAGCAAGAAACAGCAUAAGCGGAGUUCGAAUGCAUCGAUCGUGUAAUCAAGUCCAAGAAGAAGAAGAAGAAAAGGAAGAGGAAGAAGUCCUGAAGUAUUGAGCAAGCUGCAAUUAGAAAGGUCCUGUCUUUGGUUAAAAUCAGGGAGGGCUUUGCAUAGAAGAUGGUAAAAAAAAACAGAUUGGAGAGAAGGAGAAGCUCUGUGCCUUAU